UUUUAGUUCCCAUCAACGUUAUCCGCUUAGAAUUUGAACCCCGAAAGACAAAUAUCUUUCACCAAAACUCUUCGUAUCCACAGGCCUCCAUGAGCGCCACCGUCUUCCUCCUCCUCCCUCCGCAACCAAAGCUUCCAAUUUUCUCCUAUAAUUCUUCACCGAACCUAACUUCCAUAACAGUGAACCCCAGCCUUUCUAAUUCCCUCAACCACCAACCCCAAAUUCGGAAAAUAUUUUCCCCCAGCUCAAACCGGCCAGACUUUCGAGCUUGGGCCGACGACGGAGAUGGUGACAUUGAGGGCCCUGACGACUACGACAUGGACGAGGACGAAGUGGAAGAAUUGGACAACAAGAAAGACUUCGACGUUGACUACGAUAUUGCCACCGCGAUUGCUGCUGCUGCCGCCGGAAAUGGAGACGAUGAUAUCGUGACGGUUCAAAGUAAGAGCUUUAUAUCCACACAGGGUUGGGAUUCCGAGAAGAUUGUGGACUAUAGAAUCAAUGAAGAGGAGUUUCAUAAGAUAUCAUUGGUCGAUUGUGACUUCUUUAUUCGAAAACCGCCGGACCCCGAUAACGACGUGUACGACUUCCGUGAGAUGUAUGUUACCCCUCCCGACACCGAUAUAUAUGCAAUUCCAAAGGUUCUUGCUCCGAUGCCGCAGAAGUACAUCCGAUGUGCAAUCAGUGAAUUUGGAACCUACAAUGUAACAGAGCCACCUAUUGAUGCGCCUAGAGAUCCAAUGUAUAAAUCCGAGACUGAAAUUUUAAAAGUUUUCUUGACAAAGCACUACAGGAACCGCAGAACUGGUGAUCCUGAAUUUAUGCUAGAUUUUGAGGAGAUCUAUGUAAUUGAUUCAAAGACAAAAUCAAUUACAAGGGCAAAAGUGGUGGUGACCGUGCCAGAAGGAAAGAACAGGGAUAGAAAGAAUGAUCUGCUGGUCAUCCGAGAUGCUGGAAACUCUUUCAAGAUAAUCCCUUCGGAGGAAAGAGAUAGUCCAUCAACAGUAAUAGAGAAGGAAGAGUGGCAAAAAAGUAGGGAAGACAUGGAAAGACACCUGAGGAAGCUGAGAGAUUUUAGUGUUUCAAAUUGGUUUUAGUUGCUAAGGUUUUCAUUUGUAAACCCCGGAGAAUGAUUCCUCCCCUCAAAGAGGCCCGCCGGCCCCCCAAGGUAAUGAGCAUUUUUUGCAGCUUAGCAAGCGCAGAUGUAGACUGAACUCGGGAAAAAAAAAAGGGUACCCCUCGCAAUUCACUUCAAUCAGGAGAAGUUUCUGAGGCUUGCCUAUAUUAUUAAUUCAGUGUAAUCUUUUUACCUUUAUUUGUCCCUGGAAAAUGGAACGAGAAAAACUGGAAACUUCAUUGAAAGUUGAAUGGUGGGAUGUUCUUCAUUGAAAGCCAUGAAUGCAAAAGGGUUGAUUCUUGCAAAGGCCAUGUAUUUGAAAGGAGACGAUGGAUGAUAAAAGGAGCAGCAGGCCUUUCAAGUUUCAACCCCUUUUAUGACUAGUGGGGAGAAUCAGUGUACAAGUGCCUAAAAAUAUACAAAUAGUUUCCAAAUGUUGCUUCUUUGUUUGGAACGAAAUGAAGAAAUCGAUGCUUUUCUAUGUACUUGUAUGAGAUGUAUCUCUUCAAUAACUAAGGACGGGAGGUUAAUAUUAUCCUCAAGUUUAUUGCUACUACAAAAUUAAAAAUCU